UCCUGUUUGGUGUGAUCUCGCCUUCGUCUUCGUCUUCGUCUUCGUCCUCGUCCUCGUCCGCCGAUCAACUUGCCGACUUGCAGCGACAGCCGCCAUGAGCAUCGACCCCCCUGUCACCCAUGUCUUAUUCGACAUGGAUGGCCUGUUGCUGGAUACCGAGGCCGUCUACACCAAAGUCACCAAUGACAUUGUGAGUCGGUACGGCAAGACCUAUGACUGGGAUCUGAAGUCCAAGAUGAUGGGGAUGAAAGAGCGAGACGCGGGAGAGCUGCUCGUCAGGACCCUCGGGAUCCCGAUGACCGUGGACGAAUAUCUAGCCGAACGCAACGCUGGUCACGAGGCGCUCUUCCCGCACUGCCGUCCGCUCCCAGGCGUCAUGAAGCUCGUCUCGCAUCUGAAGAAACACAAUAUCCCCAUUGCGGUGGCCACCCGCUCUCACAGAAGUGCCUUCGAACUCAAGGCCCUCGGCAACCCGCUCGUCGACCCGCGAUCCUGUCUCGUUUUCGAAGACUCCAACCCGGGCGUGCUCGCCGGCCUGAAUGCCGGCAUGUCCGUCGUCUGGAUUCCCGAUCCCAACCUCAAGACCGAUGACCCUACCCUGGGCGAACGUGUCUCGGAUGUCCUGGGCUCGAUGGAGGAAUUCCAGCCCGAGAAGUAUGGCUUGCCGCCGUACGAGUGAGCUUCGAUUCGCGCAUGAUGUGAAGAUUCAAGCCUCACAUAUUCACCGCGCACGGAAUCGAAACAGGCCGCUCUGCUUUUGACGCCGAUGCCACAUAUCUCUGCAUCCUGAAUACAGCCCAUGUGCUCCGUUCAAU